CUGGUUUGCCAGUUAGUUACCCAUAUACCAAGCCAUUAGUACAAUAUCGCAAUUUUAAAAAAAACACAAAUUUGAUUAAAUUAUUUGUAAAAGCUAAAAUGAUAGAAGAAUUCUUAUGUGAAACUCAAUUCGACCUUGAAGAGGUUUAUGAAAACUUAAGUGAAGAAUUAAAUCUUGCUGAUGAACAAGAAGAGCUACAUGACGAAGUCCUCAAAUUUGACUGUCAAUCAUUUGAUAAUAUGCAGGAA